AAACCCAAUGACAAGAGUUGAUUCGAUAAUGUAUUUGAUGGAUGAAUUAGUCUCUAUUUUCUUGUUGGAAGCAUGGAGCAGGAAGGUGAGCGGCAAAGCGCGGCUCAGCCAUCGCAGCCACCACCAAAGCAGCAGCAGCAGCACCAGCAACAUCCAAAGCAACAACCAAAGCAACAACAACAACAACAACAACAGCAACAACAACAGCACUCAAAAGCACCAAGCGUCGCCAACCGCGAAGGGCACGAACGGAUCAACUUUCUGUACCAAGCAGCUCACCUCGUCCUGCAACCUCGCGAUGCAGCCGCAGAUCAGACGCAGCAACAGCAGCAACAACAACACGAUCAACAAGAUCAACAACCGCUCGUGGCCAACACGCGGCUGUCCACGCACCUGCUCAAGACGCUCAAGGGCGUUCGCCAGCGACUCGUGCUGCGCGUUGAUCACACCAUUAAGCGGACUGUUUGCAAGGGGUGCAGUGCGCUACUCAUCCCGGCUUUGACCUCGUCCGUUCGCCUUCAAUCCGCCUCCAAGCGUGCUCCGUUCAUUGUGGUCAAAUGUACGUCGUGCGGUAGGAGUCGACGGUACCGCGCAGAGUCCGACUACGUCCCAUUCACAGACAAGGUCGGUUUUCGUGGCGAGGACGCAGUGCGCCUUCCUACUUUGGCUCCAACUCCAGCCACGACAACAGAGGCCUCCUAAAGGUCCCGCCUCCCUCCGUCUCCGUCAUGCACGCCUUGUAUCACAAAAGAAAAAGAAACCGAGCCAACGCGAAACGACACCCGAACAAGAAAGCGACAAAACGACGACAUCCAAUUUGCGCAGUCUGUCUGAGCAGACGCAAAAAAUCCAACUCUGCCAGCUCCAAACCUUCUGUGUUGUAGCUUCUCAACGCACAG